UGGGUUUAUGUUAAUUACAUAAGCAAAACGUAAAUGAUUCGCGGGAAAAGGUGAAAAAAUGGCGACGCGCACUGACUGCGUUUCUGCGCCUCUUCUCCUCUAAAAACACACCGCAAACUUUUAUAAACAUCGCGAAUGGGAUAUCGCGCUUCCAGAGGAGGGACAUCAGCACUUUUGGCGCAUUUUAUACCCGGAACAGGAGAGAAAUCAAAGCGGAAGUUUAGGGGCAUUUCCUGUCAGCAUGUUGGAAUCGUUGGACGGCUAUUUGACAGUUGGGCCGGAAGCGCUGGAACCCAAGCGGCUGCUUCCCAGAAGAGAAAAUACCUGCAGUGACCAGGAGAACAACUUGACCGUGGGCCAAUAUGUGCUGUGCCGCUGGUCUGAUGGCCUUUAUUACCUGGGCAAGAUCCAAAGAGUGAGCACCUCAAAGCAGAGCUGCUUUGUGACGUUUGAAGACAACUCCAAGUUCUGGGUGCUUUGGAAAGAUAUACAACACGCUGGAGUCCCUGGGGAAGACCCCAAAUGUUCAAUGUGCUCUGACAUGUCUCUGGUUCCCAGUAAUGAAAUUCUUAUCUGUGGAAAAUGUGGAAUAGGCUAUCACCAGCUCUGCCACUUGCCCCCGGUGGAGAGCUCAGAGGAUUUGUCCCCAUGGUUCUGCAGGAAGUGCAUUUUUGCCUUAGCUGUGAGGAAAGGGGGCGCUCUAAAGAAAGGGCCGGUCGCUAAAGCGCUUCUGGCCAUGAAGCAGGUGCUGUCAUAUAAUCCAGAGGAUCUGGAUUGGGACUCUUUGCAUCGCACGAACCAUCAGCAGUGCUACUGUUACUGUGGAGGACCUGGAGAGUGGUACCUGAAAAUGCUGCAGUGCUUUCGCUGUGAGCAGUGGUUUCAUGAGGCGUGUACACAGUGUCUUCAGGAGUCCAUGAUGUUUGGAGAUAGGUUUUACUUGUUCAUUUGUGCGGUGUGCAAUAAAGGAGUGGAAUACAUCAAGCGACUGGCUCUCAGAUGGGUGGAUGUGGUCCAUCUUGCUCUGUAUAACCUGGGAGUCCAAAGUAAGAAAAAAUACUUUGAACUGGAAGAGAUUCUUGCUUUCAUCAGCAACAACUGGGAACAUUUCCAGCUAGGCAAGCUCUCAAAUACCCCGCCGCCCGAACGGGCUCAGUAUAUUCUUGAUGCCCUCAACAACUAUAAAAGCAAGUUUCUCUGUGGGAAGGAGAUCAAGAAGAGGAAAUGCAUUUUCCGAUUAAGGACAAGGGUUCCCCCUAACCCCCCUUCUAAGCUCUUCCCCGAAAAGGCCCAAAACAGUGAGGGCCACAGGGGCAGCAAGAAAGGAACCAGCAGAAACAGUAACUCUGGUCCUGCAGAGAACCGGAGAAAGAGGUCUAAAUGGCUGCUGGAGGAUGCCAUUCCUAAUAAUGACCUCACUUCCACCUGGAGCUCCAAUCAUCACAUGGCCAACAUCUUUGACUUCACGCUGGACGAGCUGCAGAGUUUAAAGAGCACCAGCUCAGGACAGACGUUCAGUUUGGACCAGGACUCCACAGAUGCCGCCAGCACUUCUGGUUCCGCCACCACCAGCGUUUCUUACGACUUCAGGAAAAAUGUGGGCAGUCGGAAGAGAAAGUUGCCUUCUUCUAACUACACCGUGCUAGCCACAAAGAGAGAGAUGGUGGAGAGCGAGCUCAGCCCGAUCAGCAUGCCCGGAGAGGAGAGCAACGUUAUGAUGGAGAACAGCAUCGAUAGCCACACCUUUGAGAGCAUCAGUGAAGACGAUUCCUCUCUCUCUAACCUUAAAUCUUCCAUCAACAGCUAUUUUGGGGCAGCUGGUCGGCUCACCUGCGGAGAGAAGUAUCAGGUGUUGGCACGUAGGAUCACACCUGAAGGCAAGGUGCAGUAUUUGGUGGAAUGGGAGGGAACUACACCUUACUGAAAGUCACAGGACAGGUGUGAAACAGAUGAAGCCACACAAGAAGGUGUCACGUGUCAGAGUUCUAGUUGGUUUUGUUUAUUUCCAUCAGCCACAUCUAGUUGUUUUCCUGUUAUUUUGGUCGUGUCCCAUAUGGGACAAUAAAGUCUUUUCAUAUCAAAGUCAUUGCCAGUGUCCUUUGGCUAGGGCACUUUAAACAUCCUGAAGAUAAGAGGUCUAAUUCAGUAUAGAGACGUAUACUUGGCAUAGACCGUAUAACGGUGUGUAACUGUUAUUAGAUAAAGGGCAGUAUUAAACAUUUCAGUUUAGUUGUUGGACCCAAAAAGUUUGAAAUUGGAGUAUCGGUUCCUGAUGUCCAGGCCUUCAAAGUCACAUGGCAUCUUGUUUCUCUGUCAUACAAAUUGCAGCAGAUGCUCAGUUUUAAAUUAAAUUAGCCAUUGAUUGUUUUUCCGAACAAUAGUUUACUGAAUGUACCUUGAAUCUUUCGUCAUCUCACUCAGUAUUUUUGCAGAAGGUCUAUAUAGAGAUUUGUACACGUUUGUUUACCUGAGAUUAACAGUUGUGUCAGCAACAGCGGUACUUUAGUUGCGUUUAAAAAUACUUGUUAGUCUGCACUUUCUCCUGUUCAACAAUAGUUUUACAUUUGUUUUAGGAAAUUAUAUAACCAAAGUGAUGCAAAUACUGUUUUAAGACUUUUAAAAAGUAUUUUUUAUUUUGUAUGCUUUGGCAUAUCAUACUGUAUUAGAUAAAACCUGCUUUGACAAAGCAGACGUAAAAGAAUGGAAAGCUGUAGAGAAACCAUUUCAUUUGCAAUAUAAGUUAGGCUCUUUUUUUUAAUGUACCCACAGAUGAGUCAAAUCAAACUUUUUACAGGAUUUCCAAAGAUUAUUCAUUUUUAAUGCGAGUCUGGAAGUGGAUGUGUUCACAGUAACAGAUGUUUGGGUUGACUGGAAUGUUUUUCAAAGUUGUAUCAUUCUGUAAUUGGACUUUAGUUUUAUAGUACUAUAAAAAGUAUAGCAUAUAAAUAUACUCUAUUAUUUACAUGUAUAUAAUUGGAUAUAAGAUUAGCCCCCAUUUUAUUAUUGCACUAUUAACGUUUUAUCAGCUAUGCAAGCUAUUGGAUAAAUUGACAUAUUUUCUAAUCUAUGUUUAAAGGAAACUGUAUAAAAGACUUUGAAAUUUUUGAUACUUUUUUUUAUAAUACUUCCCCAAAUUAAAAGCAUUUGUGUAAUUAAAUACAGAUUGCAACAUUGUCAACAAAAAAUGUUUGGAAUAUUGUUUAAGUCAACUGUAGGCUUUAAAUAAUGUCACAAGCUGUUUCAAGAGUUUUAUUAUUGGUUAUGGCCUUAAGGUUCAGAUCAUGUUUGUGCCAGGAUGAAAGUGAUUUUUUUACUCGUUUAUGAUCAUAUUUCUAGCACAUUUAAUGUCUUACAUGGCAAACAUGUUUUUUCAAAUGUGUUAAAUGUGCAUGUGUCAUUGUUAUUAAUUCAUUCCUGUUUUAAACCAUUAAAACAGUUU